CCAUUAGCGGGUCAGCCCUUACUGAGUGUAGGCUUCAGCUUUUACCAGUCUCUCUGUGGACGACAGACGACUAUCACACAUGGAGCGGGAGGCAUGGACAAUGGAGGAUUAGAGUGAGUACGUAGUUCUCGACCGGCUGGCCCAUCUGUGUACAGCAACUCCAGCAACUCCUGCAGCGAUUUUUAUAGCGAUCGAGAGCGAAGGUAAGGGGAAUAACUUUUUCUUUCACCUCCUCCGUCCUUCAUCGCCGGGAUCUCGUUUCUUUCUCGGCCAGUGCUCACUUUAUAGAGCGACGGUUUGAGUGCAUAUUUUCUGGCCGAAUAGUAGUUUUCCAUUGAACUGUGUUACUGGAUUUUUUAAUUCAGUUCAGGCGUUCGCUACUACUUAAAUCGUAAUUAACUCAAAGCAGAAGGGUAACUCAACAUGUCGGCAGAUCCUCAGGCUACUUAUGUAGAUGAAGAUGGCUCUUCUGGUUCUGCUGAUGAUAUGACAGUGUUAGAUGGACAAGGUAAGCACCGAUCUGGAGCGUCAAACUCGGGCCGUCGCAAGAGGAGCCGCAAGGCAACGGGUGAUGCUAUAGUGGAUGCCAUGCUGGAGAUUGCAGCUGCUUCCAAGGCGAGGGCAGCUGCAACUAUGAGAAACGAGGAGCGUUUCUCCAUAAGCAAAUGCAUAAAACUACUCGAUGAGAUGCAAGGUGUUGAUCAAAUCUACUUCUACGCGUUGGAUUUAUUCGAGAAUCCAGACGCAAGAGAAAUAUUUGUGUCUUUGAAGAAUGAGAGGCGAUUGAUGUGGCUGAGUGGGAAGUUUGCAGCAUCUUCUAAUUCGGCUUAGCUUGUAAUGUUAUAGACUUCUGAUCAUAUCAGUUCUAAUUAACUUCAGGUAGUCUGAUUUUUUGAUAAAUUGAUUUGUUGUCUAUCAACUACUUUUGGAGAAUAGAUCGUGGAGUUGCGUUAUAACUUGAAGCGGGUUUUUAGAGAUACUA